AUGGUGCAAGGUCAAGGUGGUGAGUCCCCAAGCACAGAGAGCUCACCAGAAAAAACACGUCCAGUCAUGAAGGUUCUGCGUCUACAGGACAUUCGUGUCUGCUCGAUGGAAGCUACAACAACAGCUUUAUUAGACAGCGGAGCCACUCACAGCCUCCGCACUGCAGUCUCCGAGCAAGAGUGGUUGGAUGCUGAGCAAGUGGCGGUGCAACUCGCUGGAAGCCAUAAGCUGGUGAUGCGCAUCACUAAGUCUGGAACUUUGCUGAUGCCUUUCAAGGGCUCCGCUACCGGUGGACCUGAUGAACUACGAGCUCAGACAAUCGUGCCUAUGGGUCAACUCAUAAGGACCCUUGAGUAUACCAUGGUGUGGACCCCUGAUGAGUGCUACCUGUGUGAUGAAGUCGGACGUAAACUACCUCUACAGCUAGAAGGAGGAUGCCCACAACUCAAGGAAAUGGAGGCUUUAUCCCUUAUAGCUCGUUUGGAGGAUAGGAAGUUGGAUCAGCUCCACAACGAGGUCAUGGACACAGAGGAGAAGCUACGGGUGUCUGCAAUGGCUAUGGAAACUCACUGGACCCACUAUCUCUAUGACUACGUGACGAAGGGUGCAUUUGAGUCUGGGCUACGUGCAGUUAGAGACGCUCCAUUCUUUGAGGAUUUACCUGGAGAAUGUCUUACAAACCUUAUACCCAGUGCAGGUUUGUGGUCUGGAUGGGACAUCAUGAAGAACAUUGGCUUUCUCUCACGACCCCAGCGACGAAGGCUCGUAUCAUCCAAAAGGUGGGUGGUGCAUCUCUUUGCUGGAAAGGAGGGUCAUUGGGAGAUUAUGAAGCUGGACCAAGGCGACACAACAGUGCUAGAGUUGGAUCUGGAUCGAUGCGCUGGACAAGACCUUAUGAGAAAUGAGGUGUGGCGAAUGCUGUUGUGGGGCGCCAAGGAAGGCAAAGUGGAUGUGAUUCUUGGAGGUCCUCCAGGGAGGGCCCACCAGCUGCUAAAGGGCGGCAAGCGAGACAUAAAGUCCCUCGCGCUGGUUGCCCGGAUGAUGUGGCUAUAUGUGGUGGCUCAGGUUGGACGUGAAGUCAAUGGAGGAGGGAUCAACAAGGAUCGGGAUGUUGGCUUCGUUCUGGAAUACCCAGAGGGAAUGACGGCACAGCAGAAGCGAGACCGAGAGUUGAGAGGAGCCAGUUGGGAGCAAUCCCAAGACUACUGGGAAGAAGUACAGAAGAUUUUGGCAAACAAGAAUGUGGAGGUCCUUUGCACGGGAGGACCUCUGACUCCGGGUCUAGAUGCUACGUCAAAAGGGACAAUGGGAAAGGGCUUGAAAUACUUGCUUGCAGCCAAGUACCUGGUCCCAAAGGCAUUUGUGGAGGCAUACUCUGGGAAGACACCACCCGCAGAUGAUGGGCAGGAUUGCGAAGCUCCGCUACCACUACCAGGCCAAGAACCUCCCCUAGCAGAUGAGGAUUUAUUUGGGGAUUUGAUCGGUACAGUGCAUGAGCCAGAUAAGGCUAUACGAGGAGUUGAAGUAGCAGAGUUUCCUGAUGAUGAAGAACCUUCAGAUCCAGGAGAAGAGGAGGAGGUUGCACCAGAUGAUGAUCGUGAAGGUCAUCCUGACGUCGAGGAGGAGCUCUCCAAACCUCAGAAGGUGGACAACAUACUGAUGCAGGAAGGUGAUACGGUCGUGCCUAUAACAAAGGAGCUGGCGUGGUUACCUGAUGAGGCGGAAGGGCUGAGUGCCCAACUGGUGCGGGAUGCUCAGCAACUGACUGGAGAAGUGCUUUGGGUGGUGGGCGUGAGCGAUCGCCAGGUCUACAGCUGGAUCAUGAUGCUGUGGGGCGGUUACUACAUGGAUGCCAGGAUCAUCCAAGAGGAAGCUUCGUCGAUUGCAGAAGUUGCAGGAUUGUGCAGAGGAUGUACAGCGAUCUUCAUCAUCCUCUUCGACUACAACCAGAUCAUGACGGGCAAGUUCGACGUCAACUACGGAGGGCAAGAACGCCUAGCCCGAGACCACCUCGGAUUACACCAGAGGGACUUCGAACAGAAGGACUGGCAAUUUCAGGUCUUAAGGUAUUUCGAGAUCAAUGACAAGAGCCGUAUCUCAGAGCUGAUACAAGAGUGGAAUACUCGUUAG